AUUGGUUGUUGUAUGCCAACCUUGGCAUGUUGCCGGCGAAGCCCUACCAACUACAUAUGUUUAACAAUAGUUGUGAUAUUGUAUUCUCUAUUUUGCGCCUGCUACACCGCCCGGUACCGCACGCAUAUCAUAGUCAUAGCGCUGAUCGUAACGCUCGUGGUAGUAGCGGUCUGCCUGGCACUGGCGUGUACUAAUUUCGACUUCACAAAAUGGAUACUAUAUGUAAUAGUUAUCUCCGUUACAUUGUCCAUCCUCAUCUUAAUCGUCGUCGUUAUGAUGUUGGUCUUCAAUAUAUAUUCGAAACCUCUCAUGUUGGGACUUACAUUUGUUUUGACUUUAGUCAAUGUCGUGAUGUUUAUAAUUGAGCUACAAAUGGUUUUAGGAGGUAAAUCUGUCGAGUUGGAUGAGGAAGACUACGCUUUGGGAGCAUUCUUUCUCUACACAUCCAUCAUACAGCUCUUCAUUAACAUUCUUAUAAUGGCAGCCAUGGCUGACAGUGAAUGAGGUACCUACAGGAAAA